AUGACAUCGCCACCUGAAACUUGUUCUAGAACAAGAUUCACUCUUGGAUUCACCCUUGCUCGCUUUGGUAUGCUCUUUUCUGAAUCAACUGCGCAAUACGUUUCUCUUAUUACUGUUUUCCUUCUUGUACCUUCUUUCGAAUAUGAAUCAACAGAAGAAGAUGUUUGUAAUGAACGUUCAUGCUAUCCAGCAACUGGGAAUCUUUUAAUUGGACGAAAGAAAAGUCUCACAGCAACAUCGACGUGUGGUUUACAUGGUCGUCAACGUUAUUGCAUUGUAUCACAUCUGGAAGAACAAACCAAGUGUUUUUAUUGUGAUAGUAGAACGGAAUGGCAACCCAAUCGAGAACCAUACAAAUUGAGUCACAGAAUAGAGAAUGUGGUUUCGGAAUCAUACGAGGAUCGCCACAGAAAUUGGUGGCAAUCAGAAAAUGGAGUGCAGAAUGUGUCAAUACGACUUGAUCUUGAAGCUGAAUUUCAUUUUACUCAUCUUAUAAUGACGUUCAAAUCGUUUCGUCCUGCUGCGAUGAUCAUCGAGCGUUCUGCUGAUUAUGCAAAAACAUGGUCUCCAUAUCGAUAUUUUGCAUAUGACUGUCAAAAUACAUUUCCGAAUAUCCCAGAAGGACCACCAAAAAAGCAUACAGAUAUCAUUUGCACGAGACGAUACAGCGAUGUAGCACCAUCCACGGGAGGGGAAUUGGUUUAUAAAGUAAUUUCACCACAUAUUCCAACAGAAAAUCCAUAUGCUGAUGAAAUUGCUAACUUGUUAAAAGUCACGAAUAUUCGCAUAAAUUUCACUAAACUUCAUACACUUGGAGAUGAUUUACUAGACUACAGACCCGAAAUUGAUGAAAAAUAUUAUUAUGCUAUCUAUGAAAUUGUGGUUCGUGGAUCGUGUUCAUGCUAUGGACAUGCCCAGCGGUGUAUCCCGAUGGAUGGUUCUGCUAGGAUUUCAGUUCCCUAUCGAGCUGAUAUGGUUCAUGGACGAUGUGAAUGCACUCAUAAUACAAAAGGAUUAAACUGUGAACAGUGCAUGGAUUUUUUUAAUGAUUUGCCAUGGCGUCCAGCGAUUGGUGAUGAUCCAAAUGAGUGUAAACGAUGUGAAUGCAAUGGUCAUGCAGCUAGAUGUCAUUUUGAUCGUGCUGUUUAUCAAGCUUCUGGUUUUGUGUCUGGAGGAGUGUGUGAUGAAUGUAUACAUAAUACGCAAGGUAAAAACUGCGAACAGUGCAAACCAUAUUUUUACCGCAAUCCAGACAGACCAAUUACUGAUCCAUAUGUUUGCUUACCAUGUAAAUGUAAUAAGAUUGGCUCUUUAAACGAUGGAAUUUGCGAAGGCGAAGAAGAUUUUGAACGUGGUCUUGUUGCAGGCAAAUGCUAUUGCAAACCGAACGUUGAAGGAUCCUGGUGUGAACGCUGCAAAAAUGGAUUCUGGAAAUUGACAGAAGAAGAUCCAAAUGGUUGUCGUCCAUGCAGUUGCAAUUUACUCGGCUCAUUCAAUAAUGAGGGAUGCAAUAAAGAAACCGGUGAAUGCCUUUGCAAACGGCUAGUUACUGGCAGUGCUUGCGAUAUGUGUUUACCCGAACAUUAUGGUCUAAGCGAUGACCCGGAUGGCUGUAAGCCAUGCCAUUGUGACAUAGGUGGUUCUAUUCAUAACAACUGUGAUAUUAUCACCGGGCAGUGCAUUUGUCGAGAAAAUUUUAGUGGUCGUCGUUGCGAUGCUGCCGAAAGUGGUUACUACUGUCCAUCUAUUGAUCACUUUACAUUUGAAGCAGAAGAAGCUGAAAUUAUUAAUGGACACAUGGAAUUUAGAGAGCGUCUAUCUAGUGAAAGAGAUAGAACAUGGACAGGUGAUGGCUUUGUAAGGGCUACUGAAAAGACUCAGAUAACAUUCAAAACUGGAAACAUUGCACAAAGCAUGCAUUAUAGAGUUGUUAUUAGAUAUGAAUUGUUGCAAAAUCAUAUUGGUUGGGAAAAUAUACAAUUAACAGUUGUACGGCCAACAGAUCCAUCACUGUAUGGAGUUUGUAAAAAUCUCACACCCUCCGAUGAUUUUUUGAUCGGAAAACUUCACCCGCAUGCCCAUUAUGUUGAGAUUAUGCCCGACGUUUGUUUGGAAGAAGGAGUCUCUUACGAAAUACGUAUGCAAAUAGGCGAAAAACGAAGCGGAAUAACUGAUAGAACGGCUGCUGUUCUUAUUGAUUCUAUAGUUCUUAUUCCCCCUACCGAAGAACUUUUUAUUUCACAAGGAAUUGCAGCUGAUGAUCAUCACAGAAUAGAGUAUGAUCGCUACCAGUGCAGGGAACAACAUUUAUCAUUAACACCAAUGACGGAUUUAUCUGAUGUAUGUGUUGGCUACAUUUGUCCCAUUGCAGCUAUGCUUUUCAAUCGUAGCUUAGUGUGUGAAUGUGACCCGACCGGUUCACUUUCUGGGAUAUGCGCAGCUAAAGGGGGUCAAUGUGAUUGCAAGCCGAAUGUUGUUGGACGAAGAUGUGAUAAAUGCGCAGUAGGAACAUAUGGUUUUGGUCCAUCUGGUUGUGCACCUUGUGAAUGUGACAGUGUUGGCGCACUCAAUAAUAAUUGUGAUCCUCAAAGUGGUCAGUGUAAUUGCAAGGAGCGUGGAAUCACAGGAAGACAGUGCAAUCAAUGUCAGCCGGGGUUUUGGUCAUUUCCUGACUGCCGAGUAUGUCAGUGUAAUGAUCAUGCUUCCGUUUGUGAUCAAAAAAGUGGGGCUUGUAUUGAAUGUCGUGAUCUUACUGAUGGUUACUAUUGUGAUCGCUGCAAGGAUGGUUAUUAUGGCGAUCCUCGUCUUGGCAUUAAUUUACCUUGCAAGCCUUGUCCUUGUCCCGGUGGUUUAGGUAGUGGUUUUCAACAUGCAGAUACUUGUUAUCUUCGCACAAGUGAAUAUUCUGAGACCCCUGAUGUAGUGUGCAAUUGCAGAGAGGGUUAUACCGGUGAACGAUGCUCUUCUUGUGCUUUAAAUCAUUGGGGCAAUCCAAAUGAGUUAGGUGGGACCUGUGAGCCGUGUGAUUGUAACGGGAACAUUGAUGUAACUAUAGAAGGAAGUUGCGACGCAGUUUCUGGUGACUGUAUUAAAUGCCUUCACAACACAGAAGGUGUUCAGUGUGAAUACUGCAUUGAGGGUUAUUACGGAGAUGCAAAAAUACGAAGCUGUCAGAGAUGUGUAUGUAACGAAUUAGGAACAAACAAAACAGUAGGAGCUUGCAAUCGGGCCACUGGACAAUGCCCUUGUUUGUCAAAUGUUGUGGGGAAAGAAUGUGAUGCUUGUGCUCCACAUCAUUUUGAUUUAGCUAGUGGAAAAGGAUGCGAACCAUGUGGAUGUGACCCUACAGGUGUCAUUCUCAGCAAUGAUGGAAUACCGGAGUUACAAUGCAAUGAGUUGGAUGGGCUAUGCUACUGUAAACCAGGACGGGGAGGUCGUACGUGUUCCGAUUGUGAGAAUUAUCACUGGGGAGAUCCGACAACAGAUGACUGCCGCAAAUGUGAAUGUGAUAGAAUUGGAUCAGCUACCCAACAGUGCGAUCGUAGCAAUGGUUCUUGUGUUUGUUUACCGGGAUCAGGAGGGACCUUAUGUAAUAUGUGUGCUCGUGGAUAUACUGGUGAGUGGCCUCAUUGCGAAGCUUGCGGGGAGUGUUUCCGAAAUUGGGAUGAAAUCGUGAAGAAUUUAAAAAAUCAAGUUACUGGUUUAAUUGAAGCUGCGAAGAACGUCGAAGAUACAGGCGUUGCUUCAAUUUAUGAUGACAGAUUUGAGAAAAUGGAAAAAAUUUUAGCACAUUUAAAGGUACAGUUGGAGUCAGCAGAUAUAACGCGAAGUGACAUCAAUGAAUUGCAAAAUGAAAUCUCUGAACUUCGGGAGAAUAUCACUUUGAAAAAGAAUUUUUUGAAUCGUGUCGGAGGACGUAUUACUGAAAUUUCGAGUGAUGUUGAUCAGGGUGAUCUAGAAUUAAAUUCAUUACUCGACGACUUAGGAAAACUUGCACAUAAAUCCCAAGCGUUCCAAGACAAUGCAACAUUACUGCGAGUAGCUGAUGUACAGGGUGCAUAUAAUAUUACACGUGAAUCGGCUGAAAAAUCUUUUGCUGCAAAGCGACGCACUGAUGAAGCAGAUUUAAAAAUUAUUAGUGCUGAAAGUAUUAGACAAGAAGCAGUACAACUUCUGGACAAUAAUCGUCUUGAUUUUGAAAAACAGUUCAGUGAGAACGGAAUGGCAUUGGUAAAAAUCGGCGAGCAGCUGACGUACUUCGAAACUGUGCUGCCAAAACUGAACAAAGAUGUUUGUGGUGCAGAAACAGCUCCUUGUGAUGAAUUAUGUGGUGGGCCGGGCUUAUGUGGCCAUUGUGGUGGACGAUCGUGUCUGUCAGGUUCAGUGAGCAAAGCUGAAAUGGCUAAAAAAUUUGCAGAUGAAGCGGACCAAAAAUUGGAUGAAAAGCAGAAGGAAGCUGAGGAAAUUCUUGAUCGAGUACGAGAUAUAUUACAACAGACUUCUAUCACCAAGAGUAGGGCCAAGGAUGGACAUGAUAUUGCGGAUGCAGCAGCUUCACAGCAACAGAUUUCAUUGCAGGCAAAUCAAACGCGGACUUCAUUAGAGGAAAUGUUAGCUAAAAUGAAUGAUUUCAUGGAUAAUAAUCAACGCUCGAGUCCAGAACAAAUUCGAGCAUUGGCUGAAGAGAUAACCGUUGCAACAAUAUCUCUCACACCUGCUGAAAUUGAAAAACUUUCAAGACAGGUUCGAGAAAAACUACAAAGUAUCAAUAAUAUCGAUGUGAUUUUGAAUGAAACACGUGGUAACAAAACGAUAGCAGAAGCUUUACAAAAAUCCGCUGAACUAGCGAGUAUGCGUGCAGCUAAAAUCAGAAAUGUUACGACUAUAGUACGUGAAGCGUUGACGAAAGCUGGUAUUGCUCAGAAUAUCGCUAGAGAUGCAAUAAAAAAUGCUACGAAACGAAUCAUGGAAGCUAGAAAUGACUUAAAUGGUGCUACUGAACAGUUAGAACUUGCCGAAACGUCUGCAAUGACGACAAAUCAGUCUCUCGCAAAACUAGAUAGUGAUAUGAAAGAUAUUAACGUACAAUAUCUCUCGAUUUCUGAAGAUACAAAAUAUGCAUAUGAAGCUGCUGAUAAAGCUGUACGACAGGCUGAAUAUGCUGAAACAGCUAAUGAAAAACUUAAAAUUUCUUUUGAAAAUGCCAAAAAACUCCUGUCACAUCGAAAUACUGGUAAUGAAUUACCUCAAGCAAGAGCUGAAGAGUUACGUAAACGAGCAACACAACUUUUGCAUAAGACACAACGACAUCGCAACGAUAUUUCACAGCUUUCGGCAAAUAUCGAUGCGUUUGAUGUACGUCUAGCGGAUUAUAGUCUUGAAAUGAGUGAACUGCAUUCGAGGAUUGAUACAGUAACAGCCCAGAUUCAUAAGCAAAUUGAGUACUAUUCAACGUGUGACAUCUGA